AUGGGAGACAACAUGGAAGGUGCGGGCAUGGCUGGCCCCGGCACCCCGGCAGGUUCUCUCGUGGGGAAUAAAUCCAUAUCCCAGCCAACCAACGCUGCCGAAUUACCGCCCGUCGUGGCCGGGGUCCGAACGGGGGAGGUAACCCCACUGGAGCUUCCCUCACCGAAGCCUGCGAAUCACGCUGCCCCGCCGGGGUCUCUCGCCUUUUUCGACCGUUUCCACCGUCCCUCGUCGUCCACCGUCGGACUUUCUGUCAACCACUUCUUUGCCCUUCACAUCGUCUUCCCCCACUGCCAUUCGACCGCCACCAAGCAAAUCAACCGCCCACAAUAUGCAGUUGUCCACCAUGUGUGCCGACCCAUGCAUCUUCUGCAGGACCUCGCCUUGCAGCUGCUUGGCCACUUUUGCCAGCUGGUGUUCAAUCCCAUCCCAGUGUCUCCAUCGGCGGUCAAGUUGACGAGCUGGUCGCAUCUCAACUGCUCUCCCGUCAUUCCAUCGUUUCUCCAAUGA